AUGGAUGUGCAAAGUUUGGUGCGCCGUUUUUACACCCUGCAGGCCGAGCGGGUGGAAGCUUACCACCUCUUGGAGGAGGGUCACCAGGCUUACCUCCGAAGUGGCCCCGAUUACGACUUCCUCCGCUAUCGCCAGCUGGUGCACGAGAUUACCCUGGCGUUCAACGGCAUUUCCCAGGAGAUCUUACAGAUCAAGGAGAAUCUGGAGGGCCUCCAUGGCCGGAGAGACCUCGCGGAGCACCUGGGACGGAUUCAGGAGAAGGAGAAGGAGAAACUCGAACUGACAGCACAACUGCAGCUUGCUAAACAAAACGUCCAGGACCAGCCUGGGGUGGAAGCCAACACACAGGAGGUGCAAGAAUUGAAGCACAAGCUAAUUCAAACCAUCGAAGCAAUCAGCGAAAUUCUUCAGGAUUUCAAGUACGAUUCGGAAGAAAGCGGUUGACAGGCCGUCCCGCGGGAGGAGGAGGAAGAAAGGCUGGAGCUGGAGAAGGGGGGGGGGGGGGGGGGAGAGCCAGAGACGUUAGAGCUUCUCCCCCCCACACACACCUCCGGGCUAAGGUUGGUCCUCAGUCGCCCACCCGAGCUUCCUUCUUUCGUCGUGCCCGGCUGAUGCCCCUGGGCAAGAUGCCGCAAGAGGCGCAUGGCUCGAUGCUGCUUGGCCACCUGCCC